ACUUUAGUGCUGAACUGUAUAGCAAUAUUUUAAUUUUUUACAACGCCCACGCUAUUUGCUACUGUUGUAGACCGCAUUAAUAUACUAGUAUAUCACCAUUGGAGUUAGUUAUUCGGAAGUCAACUAGAUAAGGAUUGUCGUGGAUCCGAUUCGACAUUCGUUCAGUAGUCCAGUUCACAGAUUAGCAAACCCCGAUUCCGGUCGCGCAGGUCGUCUGUUCGUAGUUCAUCACCUUCCUAGUACGAGGGUACAUUCUUCGGUCAGAGGUCUCAAGGUCUCAAUCUUCUUGAACAAGCCGUGCUCUGCUUCAACGACCCGUAAGAACUUCGUUUAUAAGGUGACGGUAGUUUCGAUAAUUACUAUAUCAGAAGGAUUGAAACUUUUAGACAACAACAGCGACUGCGGCAGUAACACCAACAAUAACAGCAACAGCAAACAAUGUCUAAUGUGGUAAAUUGUAUAACACUAGAAAAUACUACUCCAAUGAAAAAUCAAAUUCAACAACAAGCCAUGCCCUUGCAUGAUGGACCAUCACAGUCUUCAAGUUCCAAACCAGUUGUUCAAACUCAAAUACUGACAGCCUCAAUUACUCGAACGUCUCCAGUAAAAGAUUUUGAGAACAAACGGAUACAAUUUGAAGAUACAAGAUCAAUAAGCAAGAAGUCAAAAGUCAAAUGGUCCUUAAAACAAAAAAUUGACACGAAAAAUCGGUGGAAGGUUCAAAUGCGCCGUUUAAUAUCUCCCAAAAAUCCAAUUAUGAUUAUUUCUGAGUGGUUCAAUGGUGUACCAAUUAAAUUACAACAGCACUCAAUAAAAAAUAAUGUUACGGGUUACACUGCUACACUUGAGAUUGAUGGUCAGAUGUAUACUGCAAAUCACAUUUCCAAGACUCAAGCCAAACAUAAGGCAUGUGAAAAUUUCUUGCGCAUUAUGAUGGCUAAAAAAAUAAAUGAACGAUCUGAAAAAAAAAAAGAAUCUCCCAUGGAAAUUGAUAUGGUAGAUGGAGAAAUUGGUACUGGACCAAAACCUAACGAACAUCCACAGGAUGAUUUCCCAUGGCCACUUUUUGCUUCAUUAGCCAUGCAUAACUUAAUGCAUCAAUGGAAACUACAGCCAGGUUCAAAAGCUACUAAUUUACAAGAAAAACAAACAAAUGUAAAAAGAUCGCCACCAAAAGCUAAACCUAUGAAAAAGUUUCCUGAAGACCCAAAAAAGUACAAUCCAGUACAGUUAUUAAAUCAAAUGAAGCCCGGUGUCAAAUUUAUUGAAACUAUUAUUAAUUCAAAAAGGCCAUUAGUUUUCCAAGUGGAAUGUGAAAUAGACAACAUUACAUUCACUGGACAAGGAUCAAAAAAAAAGGCAGCAAAGAAGGAAUGUUGUAUUGCAGCAAUCAAAUAUUUUUGGCAAUUUGAUUUCAACGCCGAAGCUGAUUUGCCCACUAAGAAAUUAUCAUAUUUAUAAUAAUAUAGGUUUUUGUACUAGACAACUUAAUAGUAACUGAAUUUAUUUUGUUUUCAUAACGUUUAAGGAUACUUAGUGGUUAUUAUUGUAUGGACAUAGUACUAUAAUUGUAAUAUUUAUAUUUGUAUCCAAUUUUUAAAUAACAACUUAUAUAUAAUUGAUCAGAAUCCGCAGAUACUUAUUUAAAUCUAAA